AUGCCAUUUGCUACUGACGAAGUUGCACCAGUUGAAGGUCAACAACUUCCAAGUGCAAUUCCAGGGCCAAUUGAUCACAAUCAUCCUCUGUUCAUUCAUCCAUCGGAUACUCAAUGUUCUGUUCUAAUUUCGAUUCAGUUACUAGGUUCUGAAAACUAUUCGUUAUGGAGUAAAUCCUUGAAACUUGUGUUUCUUGGAAAAAACAAGUUAGGAUUUCUACUAGGAACAUGUAAAAAGGAAAUGUAUUCUGAGUCUUUACUUGUUGUAUGGGAUAGGUGUAAUGCUAUUGUUCUAGGCUGGAUCAUGAAUAUUGUAUCUAAGAGUUUAAUUAGCACGGUGAUCUAUGGAUCUGAUGCUAAUACAGUAUGGGAAGAUCUUCGUGAGAGAUUUGACAAGGUCAAUGCUUCUAGGGCCUUUUAUCUUCAUAAAGAAAUAGUUACAUUCUCUCAAGGAACCACUUCUGUGUCCACCUAUUUUUCUAGGUUAAGAGAACUUUGGGAUGAAGUGGAAACACUUAUCCCUCAUCCUUCCUGUGCUUGUCCUGAAUCUAAACAAUACACAGAACACUUUCAAUUUCAAAAAUUAUGGCAGUUUCUGAUGGGUCUUAAUGAGUCUUAUGCACAUGCUAGAAGUCAAGUUCUGAUGCAGAUUCCUGUUCCAAAUGUUAAUCAAGCUUAUGCUAUGAUAAUUAAUGUUGAGAGUCAAAGAAUGCAUGGUGCGAGCAAUGGUUCUUCCUAUACAGAAGUUCUGUUAGAAACAACAUUUAUGAGUAACAGAAUGACUCUUGGUUCUCAAUCUGGGAAUAAUGGAUAUUACAAUAACAGUGGUACAUCUUCAGGGUCAGGGGGAGGUCCUUCUACAUUUUCGAAUGGUGGGAACAAUGGCGGAUAUAGAAAUAGGAACUAUAGUGAUGGAAGGAAUAAUUACUCUACUGGAAGACCACAACUCUACUGUGAGUUUUGUCACUAUAAAGGACACACUAAAGAAACAUGUUACAAGCUUCAUGGUUACCCUAAGAAAAAGGGAGGAACACCUUCUCAUGCAAACAAUGCUUCUGCUAGCAGUGACUCAGGGGUGUUUGACUCUUCUGUAAGUUCAAAUGCUAGAGGAUAUGAUUCUUCCACUAAUUCUACCUCAGCAGGUGCACAGAGCACACAGGGAAUGUCAAUGUUCACACAUGAACAAUAUAAUCAGAUUUUGCAGAUGCUCAGAAAAGGCAAGGGCAAAGAGAUGGACACAAUGGCUAACGUGGCUACUGCAGGUACAUCAGGUAUUAUCACAGCUCUCAUGACUGAUAUGACUCAUGCUAAUUGGAUCAUAGAUACUGGUGCUUCUAACCAUAUGGUUCACAAUUUUAGUUUAAUGAGUCGGUCCAAGAAUCUUGAUGUUAAGGGUAAUAUGAAAGUAAAUUUGCCCACUGGUGAUCAGGUUUCUAUUAGUCAUGUUGGUGAAUCAUUGGUUUUGAAAGACAAAAUGGUGAAAGAUGUGUUAUUUAUUCCUGAGUUCAAGUAUAAUCUUCUAUCUGUCUCACAACUAACAAAACAAUUGGGCUGUGCUGUUGUGUUUUUUCCUGACUUCUGCAUCUUUCAGGAUCUCUUCAAUGGGAGGGUCCUGGGGAUUGGUAAAGAGAAUCAAGGACUUUAUAUACUCAAUACUGAUAUCACAACAAAUCUUCCACAUGGUCAAGACUCUUCUGAAGGCUGUGCAACUGAAGCUUCAUGUACAAGAGCUAGUCCUAUUAUUUUUACUUCUACUUCAAGACUGCCUUUUCCUACCAGUAUAUCCAGUUCUGCUUCAGUUUUCGAUAUUGUGCAUGGUGAUGUCUGGGGGCCUUAUAGAGUUCCUAAUUAUGCUGGCAAGAUAUAUUUUUUAACACUAGUGGAUGAUAUGUCUAGGUAUACUUGGUUUGGUCUAGGUGUAAAGUGUAUAAGAACAGAUAAUGGGACAGAGUUUUUCAAUUCUCAAGUGAAUGAUCUAUUCAAGACAAAUGGCAUUUUGCAUCAGAGUUCAUGUGUUUACACUCCUCAACAAAAUGGAGUGGUUGAGAGGAAACAUAGAUCCAUUCUUAACAUGGCUAGAGCACUAAGGUUUCAAGCUUGUGUCUAA